UACUCAAAAUGUUUUUUAUUAAUUCAUUUGUUAUUCUGUUUAUGUCGUGUUUAAUAACCUUAAUGUCGCUGAAAAAUUCAGAUGCAGCGGCAGUGGGAGUACAGAAAUCUGCGAGUUUUAAGUACAAAGAAGUUAGGAAUUCAAGGCCACAAACAAAAGCAAAGUUAUUUAUGCCACAAGCAAAGGUCAAAAGUAGCGUAGACCAACAGACGACAAAACUAUUUCUAAAUCUUCGGGCCAAAGCUGCCAGAAAUAAAGAUAACGACAAUGAUAAUGACAAGAAUGACGAAAAUAAGGAACUAACCUUAAGCUUACCAAAAUUUACUAGAAAUGCACAAGGUAAUUGGGUCGCACUCAAAUGGGGUAAUACUCCUGGCGGAGUUUGGCAAGACACGCGCUUUUUUCAAGGCGACAAAUAUCGACCCCUUGGAAGUAUGACGGAAGAUAAAUUAAUCAAAAAGGAUUAUUAUCCAGUAACUGCGAAACUAUCGACCGUGUGCUUUGGAAAGAGUAAAAUUUAUAAUAUUCCCGCACAAAAGAAUUAUUUGACAAGAGGCAUUCAUGCUCAUCCUAUACAGGAACGUGUAUUUUGGAAUGUCCUCCGACGUGAAAUUUACAAUUUCGGACGUUACAAUGAGUGUCACGAUCCUGUAAAGUACACCAGAUGGUUAGAUUAUCACGAGUGCGCCUUAAGACGCAACCAAAGAAUUGAGUAUCUGAUCCCUAAGUAUCCAUUGUAUCAGAGAGGCUAUUAUGCGAAUUACAAAAUCUACAGGCACUUUGCCCAAAAAUAAAAUACACAUUGAUAAAAAAGA